AUGGCAAUCAAAGAUGUUGUUGGGGCUACCACUGCCUAUGCUUCUUGGUCUCGACUGCAGACCACUUAUGCUUCAGGUUCUCGAACUCAAAUUCGCGCUCUUAAAAAUGCUCUUCAUGCUUUGUCUAGGGACAAUGAUUGCAUUGCAACCUACAUGGAUCGUGCCAAGCACAUUUUUAAUCAACUUGUUGAACUUGAUGCUGCCAUCUCCGAAGAUGAUCUCAUUGAUCAUAUCUUGCAUGGUCUUGGUCUAGAUUACAGACCAUUCACAUGCAAUAUUGAAGCAAGGUUAACCUCAAUCUCCUUUGAUGAUUUAUUUGGCUUACUUCUUUCUGAAGAAAUGCAACUUAAAAAUUUCAACGACUCUCUCAACACUCAUGCUGUUGCUCACUAUACCACUCGCCAAAACACUACUGGUGGUACACGAGGUAGAAGUCGUGGAUCUAGACGUGGGGGCCAUCAAUCUAAUUCUGGUCGUGGUCACUCCCCUUCCUACAAUAAUGAAUCCUUCACACUCACUUGUUACAAUUGUCGAGGCCAAGGGCACACCUCCAAACACUGUCUUAGUCUCAAAUACAACACCUACAUUGAUCAUAGCUCCAAACCAAUAGCCAACUACACCUCAUCUUGUUAG